CGCUGAGCUCAAGUCCACGAACGGGAUCCUUCCUCGAAAGUGUCCUUUUCAAAUCUACAGUAGAAGUCCUUUCGCGGACGGCAAAUGCACACCGCCUUGGCCGCAUCCUCGGAAGCAGCAGGACGCGCGCUUCCAUCCUAAACUGAGGCGAGCACGCUGCGGAUUGGAGCCCGAAGAAAAGCGCGCCGGGGGUGGCAGGAGAAACGCGGAGAGUUGGCCAGGAUCUCAUUUCGCCAUGCCGGUGCCAGAGCAGCCCGCUGAGCAGGAGAAGGGCGCCAUGGUUCCCCCGGUGAUGUCGGGCUCCAAUGGAGAUAGGUCAGAGACGGAGACAACCUCAUCUAUCCUGGCCUCAGUCAAAGAGCAGGAGCUACAGUUUGAGCGCCUGACCCGGGAACUUGAGGCCGAGCGUCAGAUUGUUGCCUCCCAACUCGAGAGAUGCAAGCUGGGAUCAGAGGCUGGCAGCAUGAGCAGCAUCAGUUCGGCAGAUGAACAGUUUCGUUGGAAUGCUCAAGCUGAUGGACAAAAGGAUAUUGAGGAUGAGCUGACCACAGGUUUGGAGUUGGUGGAUUCCUGUAUCCGUUCCCUCCAGGAGUCAGGAAUCCUUGAUGGUGUGGAACGACCGGCGCUCAUCUCCCAGAGUUCCUUGCAGCUCAACUCUACCCCGGAGGCUUCGCUCCAGUACUCUGCCAGCUACCAUAGCAACCAGACCCUCGCCCUUAGCGACAGCAUCUCCGCAGCAUCUCCUCAGCGCAGCGGGCAGGUUGGAGGAGCCGUGCACAGCUAUAACCAGGUGACAUCGAGCCGUGCAGCCCAGCAGCAACAAUCACAAAGUGGGGCAGGGUCAGGCAUCUACUACUCCAGCUCCACCUUACCUGCCCAACGUGUCAAUUCCCCUCUGUGUGGCGGGGGAGGGGGUUCAGGACCAGGGUCCCCCAAUAAACUCCAACGCCUAGGAUCGGCGUCCGAUUCUCUGGGGUACUCCACCACUCAACGCCUGCCUUCCUCCUCCUCAUCCUCCUCUCCCAGCAAGCAGUGUCCUGCUAAUCGACUGGCGAAGUCAUUCAGUACCAACGUUGCUGUGACAACAGGGGUUGGGGGAGGUUCUCCCCUGAGGUUGGCCUCUCCACCCAACUCCACCGCCGCUGGGGGAGGGGCCGGUUUAUCAUCGUCUCCCCUACAUCAGAUGAGCUCAGGCAUUGGCAGUUAUGCCACUUUGUCUCCCAAACGGCUUGCAGCUCACCAUGCGUCCGACCAGUACAAGAUUUCCCAUGAGCUCUAUGCCACUGCUACACUCCAGAGGCCUGGCAGUCUAGCAGGCUCUCGUGGCUCCUACAGUAGUCAGCACAGCCAGGAGCCCCUCCGACCCUUGGGGUCUCCAGAGCACCAUAUAGACCCCAUUUAUGAGGAACGCGUCUACCACAACAAGGGUCCCAUGAGGAGCCUCAGCCAGAGCCAAGGGCCUGACAUUGGCCCCUAUCGCAACAACACCGCUCCUUCUUCCCCUGGUGUCGACUCCACCCCUUUGCAGCGAACAGGAAGUCACGGCACGGGAACAGGAAACUACAGCCGUGGCGGGACCAACAACUAUGCCACAGUGGGACCAGGCUACACCACAAGCGGGGGAGGAGGCGACAUGUACGGCUCGGACCCCUACGUGGCGGACCCUUACCGCACCUUGCAGUACUGCCCCUCGGUGGUGGAAUCACCUUACAGCAAGUCUGGGCCCGCCUUGCCGCCGGAGGGCACCCUGCAGCGCUCACCCUCCAUUGACUCCAUUCAAAAGGACCCCAGGGAGUUUGGCUGGAGAGAUCCCGAGCUCCCAGAGGUGAUCCAGAUGCUGCAACAUCAGUUCCCAUCUGUGCAGUCCAAUGCUGCGGCAUACCUUCAACACCUCUGCUUUGGAGACAACAAGAUCAAAGCUGAGAUCCGCAGACAAGGAGGCAUCCAGCUGCUGGUGGACCUUCUGGACCACAGGAUGAGCGAGGUUCACCGCAGUGCCUGUGGAGCCCUGAGGAACCUUGUUUAUGGCAAGGCCAACGACGAGAAUAAAGUGGCCCUGAAGAACUGUGGAGGGAUCCCAGCGCUAGUUCGCCUUCUGAGGAAGACAGGCGACGUUGAAAUCAGAGAGUUGGUCACAGGCGUGCUAUGGAACCUGUCAUCAUGUGAUGCUCUCAAGAUGCCAAUCAUCCAGGAUGCACUGGCUGUGCUGACCAACAGCGUCAUCAUCCCUCACUCUAACUGGGACUCCUCCCCCAAUCACCAUGACGACCGCAAGCUCCAGCUUCAUACUUCCCAGGUGCUGCGUAAUGCUACUGGCUGCCUCAGAAAUGUGUCUCCUGCAGGUGAGGAGGCGAGACGGAGGAUGAGAGAGUGUGACGGCCUGACGGAUGCCCUGCUCUACGUCAUCCAGACCUCUCUAGGCAGCAGUGAGAUUGACAGCAAGACUGUGGAGAAUUGCGUUUGCAUCCUGAGGAACCUGUCCUACCGCUUGGCAGCCGAGACGUCUCACGGCCAGCAGGGCGGGUUGGAGGAGCUGGACGGCCUCCUCUGUGACUCCAACGGUCGUGAUGGAGAGAGCUCCGGCUGUUGGGGCAAGAAGAAGAAGAAAAAGAAGGGUGCUGACCAGUGGGAUGGCGUUGGCCCCUUUCCAGACACAGUGGAUCCCCCCAAAGGUGUUCAGAUGCUCUGGCACCCCACCAUUGUCAAGCCCUACCUCACCCUGCUCUCUGAAUGCUCCAAUCCCGACACCCUGGAGGGAGCAGCUGGAGCCCUGCAGAACCUGGCUGCUGGCAGCUGGAAGUGGUCUGUGUACAUUCGGGCUGCUGUCCGUAAGGAGAAAGGACUUCCCAUUCUUGUGGAGUUACUGCGAAUCGACAACGACAAAGUUGUGUGCGCCGUGGCCACCGCUCUCAGAAAUAUGGCGCUGGACAUCCGGAACAAGGAGUUAAUCGGUAAGUAUGCCAUGCGAGACUUGAUCCAUCGGCUACCAGGCAGCAGCAGCAGUAACAACAAUGCCACCAGCAGUGGGACCUCUGGUACUUCAGGUCCGCCCAGCAAGGCCAUGUCUGAUGACACGGUCACUGCCAUCUGCUGUGCGCUACAUGAAGUCAUCACCAAGAACAUGGAGAACGCCAAAGCCCUCCGCGACGCUGGUGGCAUAGAAAAACUGAUCGGCAUCGCCCGCAGUAAAGGAGACAAACACUCGGCCAAAGUGGUUAAGGCGGCCUCUCAGGUGCUCAGCAGCAUGUGGCAGUACAGAGACUUGCGCUCCCUCUACAAGAAGGAUGGCUACUCCCAGUAUCACUUUGUGGGCUCUGCCUCCACAAUAGAGCGAGACCGACAGAGACCAUACUCUUCCUCUCGAACUCCCUCCGUGUCCCCUAUCAGGACGUCCCCAAACAACCGCUCCGCAAGCGCUCCAGCCUCUCCGAGAGAGAUGGUGAGUCUGAAGGAACGCAAGCUGGACUACGAUUCCACAGCAACCAAUGCCGGUUUCCAUAGCAGCAAAGGCGAGCAUACAUCCCGGAAAGAUGGCAUGGCAGUGUCCUGUGGAACAUCUACAUUGUUCCGAAACUCAUACCUGACUGCCAGUGAUGAUAUCAAGCCAAAUCAGGCCCCAGUUCAGCCCUGCACCAUGCCCCCGCAGCCUCAGCAGGACAGUCCGUCAACAGCCGUGCUAAAAGACUAUGACCACUACCCACCCCCCCCUUCCUUCCCCCAGCCUCUGCCUCCACAGCCUCCCCCUCAAAGCCAGAGCCGGAGCUUCGACGAGACCUACUACGAGGACCAGGGACCGACUCCGCCAACCCAGCCACAGCCGCAGGUCCAGGCACAGGCCCAACCCCAGCAGCCCCCCAGCACCACCGGACCACCCCGGGACCCAAGGGAGGACCUGCGGAUGCAUCUGGGCCUCAAGUCCACUGGCAACUAUGUAGACUUCUAUUCAGCAUCGCGACCAUACAGUGAACUGAACUACGAGACCAGCCACUAUCCAGCCUCGCCUGACUCGUGGGUCUAAUUCUAUGGACUAUGAUGAUGAUGAUGAUGAUGAU